UAAAUAGACGUUUUAUAUAAAUGUAAACUAUUUGGAAAUUUUGUACGCAUUACUAUAUGCAAAGAAAAAUUAAACAUGUAGCAUUUUGACGCGUGUUUAUUAAAAAUGUGCCACGAAAGCAAUUUCUGCUUUUAACCAAUGAAAACAACUUGACGAUAUCUUUGGUUCUUUAUUGGCGGAAUGUUUCCCAGGAUUUCCAGCUGUUAAUUCUACAACAAUCGGUGUGUCUUCAUUCUAUUGUAUUUUUCUAUAUGUAGUAUUUAAUAUUUUUCCAAAAAAAUAUAAAAAAAUUAUUUCAUUUCAUCUAAUACUGUCCUACUGAAUACUUAAAAGAUGUACUUCAUAAUUGUUAGUGUUUUUCUUUUUACUGCCUAUUGUUCAAUUGCACAAGAAGUUGAUCCAAAGGAAUUACGAUGUUUAGUUUGCAGAAAAACAGUGGACGAACUGCAAAGUAAAUUUAAUAAUAUUGAUUCGUCAAAAACAGUUGAAGUGGGACAAUAUCGUUUAGAUGCCGAUGGGAAUACUUUGCACAAAAAAGUUCCACUGGCGAAAUCCGAGAUUUAUAUUUCGGAGACUUUAGAUGAAGUUUGUGCAGCUUUCGACAACUAUGCUAAGGCGACAUAUAAGAAUUCGGGAAAUUUAGUACUCAUUGAUCUUCAGAAUCCUUUCAACGAUAAAAGUCCUAAAAUGGAUCAAGUUAAUUUCAUUCAAGACGGUGAUCUAAAUAAGAGUCUAAAAUUUUUGUGUGAAGAUAUCGUCAACGAUUAUGAAGAAACAUUUAUUAAAGUAUUUCGAGAAGACACAUCAAAUGCUCACAAUGAUAUUUGUACAAAUGCCGCUCGAUAUUGCGAAGAAGAUUUAUUUUAUGGUCUCGAAGAUGCCUCCGACAGUAUUAUUGAUACCGAUAAAUUGGACGAUAUUGAUAGAACAGAAUUAUAAUAAUCAACUAUUAUAAUGAUAGGUAAAUAGUGAAAUUUCCAAAGUUAAUUUUACAAAAAUUUCUAUACGAAAAAGUACAAUCGUGACACUAUGUAUUUAAUAUUUAUUUAUUUUUCACUGUCAGUACAUAAGUGUUGGAAUUACAAGAACUGUGACAAUAUAAUUCUACAAAUACUAUAAACGAUAUUUUCCUAUUAUACGAUUUUAAUAGUUUUAUAUAAACAAAUUUUGUAAAAUAAUUUUUAAUCACAAUAAUAAUUUUGGUAAAUUGCAGACAAAAAUGUUGUUUGUAAUUACAAAAAUUAUCACUCAAAAA